AUGGCAGUCAAAGGAAUUGUGAAAUGCAUGAGAGCCUGUGUUGCUUUCGUCGGGGGUUUUCUGUUGGAGCAGCUGUACUUUAUCUUUAUGCUGCGGGACUUGAUGUCUCACGACGUGGGAUAUGUCGCAUCUAUAGUUCUAAGUGUAACCCUUGCACACUUCAUCAGAUUGAUUUCAGGUUUAUUAAAUGUAGCUGCAAUUCAAAUACGAUGCAUUUCCCUCCUGACUAUUCCUAUGUACCUCGGCAAGGACGGCCGGCGCGUGUUGAAGGGAUUGAUACUGACUUAUGUUGUUGCUGGGCCCAUCAUGAACAUGAGUUUAAACGCUCGCGAGGUGGUGAGAGUGUUCGCGUGUAGCAAUGAGCUGGCGCAUAACCUGUCCGGUGUUCGGGACGCACUGAUCGCGCGCCCGCUGCGCGAAACCGUAGAUGGGAUGGAAAACGAGAUCAAACAAGCUGCAGAGACUCUGAACUACUUCCAAGAUGUGACUGCGCCAAUAGAAAGCGAAAUAGAAGUAGCCAACGAGCUGCAACAGAGCGCAGAACUGACGCGCACAGCCGACGAUUUGAUUCAAGGGAAUCGCUCCCGUGACAUCGAGCACAAAUACCAAAUUUUGCCAAGUGACCAACCAACUGAGUUAUACCAGAAAGAAUAUCUCAAGAAAACGGAAUACCGCUGCAACAACGUUUUGUCGGCGGCUGUGUUGCGCAGCAAGGAGCAGAUGUUUCAGGCAAGAAUACUACAUUAUGAUACAAGGGCAACAGUAGAAAAAACGUGGCAGGCGUGCGCCGACAAGCUGCCGUGGCACGUGGCGGCUGUGUUUUGCGCGCCACUAAUGACGCGAGCGGCACGUGAUGUACCCAGCGCGCUGGGGGCUGGCAUUUGUGAUAGCAGGAUGCAGGCCCCACCAAUCUACAAGGUUUUACCGAAAUCUCAAAAUAUUGUGAUCUUGUCCAGCUUUGAUGAUUCAUUUGAAGACAAGUCACAUUUCCCCAAAAUAUCUUCAGGGUUAAGUGUUGGAUACGCGGCCCUGGAAGAAGCUAAGGCCGAGUUAAUGAAAGGUCCCGAUGAAAUACUUAUAAGCUACCAAGAACCUAAUGAAUAUGAUGCGUAUGCCGAUGUUCAGGCCGCGAAAGAGACGGGAGAUCGCGUAAAACAAGCUUUCGAGGAGAAAUUCUCAGUUAUCCAGAAUGCCCUCACCGCAGUGAACGUGUGUCAAGCCAUACUAUUUCUACGCAUAGCCAUAGCAGCACAGGCAUAUCACGAUUUAUUCCUCACGAACAUCGACUUUGAUAACGUGUACAUCACCGACUUGUUUAGAAAGAUCGAGAGGCGGAGGCUUAUGAGGAGUCAGUACACGCUCUUGCCUUUGAAAAAGAUGGAGCGCAGCCGCUACGUAGAUGUAUACUCCCUAGCGUAUUCUACGGCAGACCGCCAUCGCUUGCUGGCGCAGAUGCUCAAGGUGCUGCUAGAGGUUGUGACAGCUACCACGUUCGUGAUGCUGGACCGGCUGUUCUAUGAGGCGCUGGAUGUGGUGAGCCAGCAUGCUAGGGUGGUAGGCGAAUCUGGCACUCGGGAUUUGGAGAUUGAGGUUAUGAUCAUACAAUAUCCAGUUGACAGAAACGUAGCCAAAGUGUUGAUAUUGAUUCUCGCGAUGAUCUCACAUUUCCGUACCAGCCGCGUGCAGGGCAUCGCGACUAACACUUACCCUCACCUUUGCCAUAUGCCGACUAUUUUCUAUUUCUUUGCUUUGCAUUCUCCAAUCCAGGUAGAAGGGACAGGAAUCGUAGCAAACACUAUCCGCGCGAUGAUCUCGCAUCUCCGUGCAAGUCACGUGCAGGGCACGGCGACCAACACUUGCUUGCCUCACCCCCGAAUAAUGCCAGCCAUCUUUUAUUUGCGGAUCUACGGGGGCUAUCUCUGGGUACUUCUGCUGCUCUGCGUCAACCCUUAUACCUCGCGAUUGAGAAGGCUGAUCUGCAGCUACUUCUAUCCGCGGCGCGAAAAACAGCGAGUGUUGCACCUCUACAAUGACAUCCUAAAGAAGCGCAUUAAAUUGGACGCCACUCUUCGAAGAAAGGCUGUCCAGGCAAGUCAAGUCCCACCUUCAUUCUAAGCAGGGCUAUCCAAUCCUUGGACCCGGGUACGUCCUUAAACUACGUCCAAAAGAGAGGUAUGGGCAUUAUGAAUAACAUCUCGCUUUGUGUGGUAGGGCACAGCACAGCGGCAGUGUUGUGUUCCUGUCGGUGAGUAAGGUUGCCAUAGCUCAACGAGGGGGAGGGGGGUUUGGGUCGGCAACGCGCAUGUAACUCCUCUGGAGUUGCAGGUGUACAUAUGCUACGGAGACUGCUUACCAUCAGGCGGGCCGUAUGCUUGUUUGCCACCGACGUAGUAUAAAAAAAUAAAUCCAAUGGACACUAAAGUUUAUUUUUAUUUAAGCAAGUAGGUAUUUCAAUCUUCUAAAAGUUGAAUAAGAUUUUAUGGCGAUAAACCCUUAUCGUAUUUUCGACUUUAACAUGUCUUGUACUUUUUCGCUGUGCAGUCAGUACGG